AUUCUCCUGUGCCUAAGUCUGGUCCUGGGUACUCCGGAGCACCACGCAUCCAGAGGCAGGAGCAGGUCAUCCACCACUCCCCCAAGAAGAGCUCCCAGGUCUUUCAGAUCACUGCAGAUGAAGGAGAGGAGAUGAGAGAUGAGGAUAUCACUGAUCUGAAGACAUUUUCUCUUGUCCAGCCUGAGGGUCCCUACUCCAGCAGUAACACCCUGUCCAGCACGGCCUCCAGCGGGGGCCACAGCGACACCGACAAGUGGUCCGACCUGGGGGGCCCUGGAGCACCAGGGGAGGCCACUGACUCUGAACCCAACGGCCUGGGAGGGGGUUACCGCCAUGGGGCCUCGGCCGACAGCGGGAUAGACACCUCGUCUUAUGGAGGAGGACUCCAGAGGCCAUUCUGGCCACAGUUCCCCCGUGAAGAUUCCUCUGCCACCUCCCCCUGCUCCCAGACGUCGGUCUCCCCCAGCCCCAAGACCUUCUACCCCCGUCAGGGAGCCACCUCCAAGUACCUCAUCGGCUGGAGGAAGCCAGGAUCCACCAUCAACUCUGUCGACUUCGGGGACAACCGCAGGAAGUCCCCGGGGGAAGGAGGAGGAAGUGGAGGAGAGGGGGGUGGAGGUCAGGGUGGGGUCGGUGUUCAGAGCAGACCUCAUCACUCCCCCCAGCCACACCUCACCCACGCUAAGACCAGUGCAGAGGAUGACAUGAAGAUACUGAGUCCAGACAGCCCCCUCAAACACAGACGGCACAAGGCCAAGGACAAGUCCUCCUCAGGCCAGCCCCCUACCCGUCGAUCACUCCACCGGACCCUGUCUGAUGAGAGUAUCUACCGGGGCCAGCGUGUCCCCUCUCUGAGGCUGGGGGACCUAGAACCAGACCCCAGCCUGGCUAGUGACGUGCUGUUCAGCUGCUCCACGUUGCCACGUUCUCCCACCACCCGCGGGGUGCCUCUCAGACGACCUUCGUACAAACUGGGGAUCAAACUCCACGGUGACCUGUCUGCAUCUGACACGUCAUUGGCUGAGAUGGUUGAGCGUCAGCGCCACCCCCUCCCCCAGGAGCUGAUGCCCCUCCCCCCCUCUGAGAGCAGGGACAGCCCCCUGGACUGGACCCACCUGGUGGAUGUGGCCAGCACCUUUGAGAUCCAGAGAGGGUUUGUGUUCAGUGAUUCUAACCCCAGAGGUAGUGGAGCCUCCAGCCCUCACCAGUCACAGCCCAGCCUGGAGAUACAGCUUGGCCCUCUAUCAAGACCCUCAUCCAGUGAGGGCCCUGCAGGUUUGGAGAGGAAGUUGACCAAGCUGGAAGCCAUGGUGAGGAUGCUGCAGGAUGACCUGAAGAAGGAGCGUGAGGAGAAGCAGCGUCUCCAUCUACAGAUCAAGAUGCUAUGGGAAGAUAACCAGCGGCUGCAGGAGGAGUCCCAGAGCUCUGCUGCCAAACUCAAGAAGUUCACAGAGUGGGUUUUCAACACCAUCGACAUGAACUGAGACAGAAGAGAGAGAGACAGAAGAGAGAGAGACAGAAGAGAGAGAGACAGAAGAGAGAGAGACAGAAGAGAGAGACCGAGAGAGAGAGACAGGAGAGAGAGAGAGAGGCAGGAGAGAGAGAGAGGCAGGAGAGAGAGAGAGACAGGAGAGAGAGAGACAGGAGAGAAAGAGAGACAGGAGAGAGAGAGACAGAAGAGAGAGAGAGAGAGGUAGACAGGAGAGAGAGAGAGAGAGGAGAGAGAGAGAGAGAGUGAGGUGAGGAAGAGGACUUUUCAACUGGAGGGAGAAGAGGAAGAGAGGGAGAAGAGGAAGAGAGAGUGAGGAGAGGAAGAGAGAAAGUGAUUGUCCUUGACUCUAGCCAAACAAUGGGACCAGUGCCAACCACCCCAAAACCAUUUCCCCUUCUCCCUGGAACUCGCUGAAGGACGCAUUUCAACCCCCAUGUCUCCUUACCCUCGGUCUUCAGUAAAGUUCCCUUCUCACACUCAGGACCAGAGCCUAGAAGGACAGUGUUGUUGUGUUAAAUAAUCCUGUCCUCACACACUGGCUGAGGAGGUGUGUAUUUGUGAUGUGAUUUCAGUUCUGCCCAGAAAUACUAGAGCUCAGAAGACUUGAGCGUUGUCUCCUCGUCUCCUCCCACAGCGUCUGAGCUGACUUCACUCUGGGAGUGGUAGGAGGACAAAGAGAGAGUUAUGUUUACCCAGACAGCCUCAGUGUCUGUACAGUACAUCUCUUCACCUGAGGCCUCAGAACAUAGACCACACUAACUGUAACAGCCCCUGUGGAAACUGGAAUCGCUCCUCUCUCUUUCCUCCCUCUCUCUUUCCUCCCUCUCUCUUCCCUCCCUCUCUCUUCCCUCCCUCUCUCUUCCCUCCCUCUCUCUUCCCUCCCUCUCUCUUCCCUACCUCUCUCUUCCCUACCUCUCUCUUCCCUCCCUCUCUCUUCCCUCCUCCCUCUCUCCUCCCUCUUCCCUCUCUCCUCUCUCUUCCCUCUCUCCUCCCUCUCUCCUCUCGCCUCCCUCCUCCCUCCCUCCUCUCUCCUCCCUCUCUCCUCUCUCCUCUCUUCCCUCUCUUCUCUCUUCCCUCUCCUCUCUCUUCCCUCUCCUCUCUCUUCCCUCUCCUCUCUCUUCCCUCUCUCCUCUCUCUUCCCUCUCUCCUCUCUCUUCCCUCUCUCCCUCCUCUCCCUCUCUCCUCUCUCUCCUCUCUCUCCUCUCUCCUCCCUCUUCCCUCUCUCCCUCCUCUCCCUCUCUCCUCUCUCUUCCGUCUCUCCUCCCUCUCUCCUCCCUCUCUCCUCCCUCUCUCUUCCCUCUCUCCUCCUCUCUCCUCC